AUGACAAGUACUGAUAUACCCAAAAGAUCUCCUCCGAUCGAAGAACUCAAAUGGGGGUUUAUGAAAGUAGAAGGAUGUCCACCCGGUAAAGAUUUCAAACUUUUUCCCGGAGGAGCAGAAAAAUGGGAUUGGAGAGAAUCGAAUACUUCUCAUGUCCCCGGUAUACAGCCUCAAGACGUCGAAUACUUGUUGAAGAAAAAUGCGAAAUAUAUUGUAUUGUCAACAGGCAUGGAAAAUCAAUUGAAAAUAGCGAAAGAAACAGAAGAUUUUCUUCGAGAAAAAGGCAUGCAAUUGAAUACCGAUUAUUUCGUCAAGACUACUCUCGAUGCACAUCAAUGUUAUAACGAACUUGCUAAAGACAACAAACUUGUUGGUGCUUUAAUGCAUUCAACAUGCUAA